AUGUUCUUGCUUCGGCGUGCCCCACUGCGUGUAGUACCACGUCUGACCCCCUUCCGACCCCAACGGCGACUGCUUGGCAGCGUCAGCGCAAUUGACUCGGCCAUCUUCCGCACUCUCUUUGGCACCGACGAGAUCCGAAAGGUGUUUGACGACAAAGCAUACAUCGACCGGUGCGUCGACGCAGAAACCGCCUUGGCCAGGGCCCAGUCAAAAUGCAAUGUCAUCCCGUCUCACAUUGGAGAGGUGGUGACAUCCAAAGCCCGGGAAGCACAGUUGGACUAUGACAGGCUGCGUCGCGAGACUGAAAUCGUGGGCUAUCCCAUCUUCCCACUGGUACGCCAACUGUCUGCAUCGUGUGGGGAUGAGGCUGGACGUUAUGUGCAUUGGGGAGCCACGACGCAGGAUAUCAUGGACCUGGCGAGCAUGUUGCAGAUGAAGCAGGGCCUUCAGAUUGUUGAGCGCACUCUUCGUUCGGUCAUCAGAAACCUUGAGCACCUCUCUAAAAAGCACCGGGAUACCCCCAUGGCCGGCCGCACCCACCUGCAGCAUGCUCUCCCCAUCACUUUCGGACACAAAUGCGCCAUUUGGCUCUCUGGCUUCCAGAGACACCUCGAGCGGCUGGAGCAGCUAAGGGAUCGCGCGUUGAUGGUUCAGUUUGGAGGUGCUGCAGGAUCCUUGGCUUCCCUGGGCUCGGGCGACGACGGCAUCCGUGUUCGAAAAGAAAUGGCAAAGGACCUUGGACUGACGGAUCCUCCCAUCACCUGGCAUGUUGCACGAGACGGCGUUGCCGAAAUCACAAAUUACCUUGCCCUUGUUGGUGGAUCUCUAGGGAAGCUCGCUCUCGACAUUAUCAUCAUGUCGUCAAAUGAGCUUUCCGAGGUUUCGGAGCCAUUUGUGCCACACCGAGGAGCAUCAUCGACCAUGCCACAGAAAAGGAAUCCCAUAUCAAGCGAAGUGAUACUGGCAGCUUCUAAAAUCCUGCGGUCAAACGCGGGCUUGGUGCUUGAUGGCAUGGUGUCGGACUUCGAGCGCGCCUCUGGCCCAUGGCAUCUCGAAUGGGUAGCUGUCCCUGAAAGUUUUGUGAUUGCUGUGGGCGCACUUAACCAGGCUGACUUUGCGCUUUCCGGUUUGGUUGUGAACCCUAAACAAAUGCUCACAAACCUCUAUUCCACAAGAGGCCUUAUCGUGGCUGAGGCUGUCAUGAUGGGCCUUGCUCCACAUGUGGGUCGCUCAAAAGCGCAUGACGUGGUUUACGAGGCAUGCAAGGAGAGUAUCGAGAACGACACCAGUCUGUUGGAGGCGUUGCAAACACGGACUGAGAUCACUGAGAAGAUCUCCAACGAGGAGUUGAACGCGUUGUGUGACGCCAAGAACUACCUGGGCUCGUGCGGACUCAUGGUUGACGAAGUGCUAGCUGCAUCUAGAUGAAUC